AUGCGGGUCUACAUCGGAGGGUACCCCAUCAAUUCAGAGCGCGGUAUCGUCGCGGGUGAAAUGGACCCAGAGAAUGUCCCUUACAACAACGCUAAAGCUAACUGGGCCGUAAGACCCAUCAACUUCAUCCACGCCUCUGCAUGGAUCGGGCUUUCGCAGCCGGUGGUCGGGACGACCCUCUGUCCAUCCUUUCCGAGGCGGAAACACACAUCUCUCUCUCUCUCUCUCUCUCUCUGUCUCUCUCUAACGGAGCAGCUGCCGACCACGCAUGGCGUCUUCGACCCUUCUGCACAGUCUCCUCCACAUCCCGCCUCGCUCUUCCACGCGCCCGAGAGCUCAAUUGCUUCCCUCCAAGCCCAUUUCGAGGCUGAACAAUCCCGCCCCGUUCGCGCGAGCCGGCGCGCACCACGGUCCGAUCAGGAGGCUCGGAGGUCGCCGCUCCUCCACCGUCGUCGCUUCCCAGUCGAACUUUUAAAGGUUGCUCAGACGGUUUGGAAAGUGGGGAGAGAUGCGAUUGAAGCGGGGACGAACCUGGUGCCCGAUGCUGUUCCGAGGCCUGUAGCGAGGAUUUCAGUUACUUUCGUUGGGUUGUCCGUUGCACUUUUUGUGCUGAAGUCAUUCUUAUCCACUGCCUUCUUUGUUCUGGCCACCAUGGGACUCAUAUAUUUCACGUUCCUCGCCUUAAACAAAGACAACGGACCGAAGGGGGGUGGAGACGGACCGAAAGGGGGUGGAGCUGCCCCUCCGAUGGACGAUCCCAUGGAAGAAGCUAGAAAAAUAAUGGAAAAAUACAAGUGAGUUCAGCAGAAUCACAGGUCGGAAAGAACCAAGUCUGCAAUUUUCCGGUCCCCCUGUGCCCCUGCUGAAGAGACAAAUGCGGUGACGGUAACCGGAGAUGGUCGCCGCCGAAUUCGAUUUGGAAUGUCAUUUUUUGCAUGUGUAAAUACAAGCGUACAGGGGAUGCACUAGUGUUUCCAACGCGUAUUUUCUGCGUCCUGUGUAGGCCUGUAGCAUAUCGAAGUCGCUGCUCAAGCAUCCGAUCUAGUCGGUAUACAUAUUAAGACGAGUCUGCAAAGUGUACUCUGAUCGCGUUGAUCUCCACUUUGAUUUGGAAAGCUCGUGGAGAUGUUGUUUUCAAACGUAAUUCAUCCAUUUGCAGCAUUCCACAA